AUGGCAGCAGCUGAGGAGGGACGUGGUGGCGGCGACCUUACUCUCUUCGUGUAUGAUCGGCGCCAGAAUAAGUCAGACGACAGCGAGAAAGUUCUUGAAUGUCGCGAAGAAAACUAUGGGAAUUUCCGUAGCGCCGUGUGCCAGGUAUUUGGCAUUUCUUCUGAAGAAAAAUUCAUUAUCACAACAACUAAUAGAAAGGAGAUCACAAAUGAAAACUUUGGUGAAAUGGUUAAAGACAAGAUGACUUUCUAUUUGCUACAGUCAAUUGAUCAAUCACUCUCAUCAGCAACACAGGAGCGUAUUGAUUUCCUUCCACAUUAUGACACACUUGUGAAAAGUGGAAUGUAUGAAUACUAUGCUAGUGAAGGGCAAAAUCCUCUACCAUUUGCUCUUGCAGAAUUAAUUGAUAACUCUCUAUCAGCUACUUCUCAAAAUACUGGUGUCCGGAGAAUACAGUUAAAGCUGUUAUUUGAUGACACCCAAGGAAAACUAGCUGUUGCUGUGAUUGAUAAUGGAAGAGGCAUGACAUCUAAACAGCUUAAUAACUGGGCUGUUUAUCGGUUGUCAAAGUUUACACGACAAGGCGAUAUAGAGAGUGAUCAUGCCGGAUAUGUACGUCCUCCAGCAGUGCCUCGCAGUUUAAACAGUGAUAUAUCAUAUUUUGGGGUUGGUGGUAAACAAGCAGUGUUUUUUGUUGGACAAUCUGCCAGAAUGAUAAGCAAACCUGCAGAUUCUCAAGAUGUUCAUGAGCUUGUCCUUUCCAAAGAAGAUUUUGAAAAGAAAGAGAAAAACAAAGAAUCUAUAUACAGUGGAUAUAUUAGAAACAGAAAGCCAUCUGACUCUUCCCACAUUGUUAAUGAUGAGGAACAAUUCCUGCAUAAUCUUAUCAUGGAAGAAAAAGAUAAAGCGAGUUUCACUGCAGUAGUUAUUACUGGAGUACAGCCGGAACAUGUGCAGUACCUGAAAAACAAUUUUCACCUUUGGCCGAGACAACUGACACACAUAUAUCAUUACUAUAUCCAUGGACCCAAAGGAAAUGACAUCAAUCCAUCAAUGAAGGAAACAAGCGCUUUCAAUAAUAUUGAUAUUGAGAUUUCUAUGUUUGAAAAGGGGAAGACGCCUAAGAUUAUGAAUCUUCGAGAAAUCAAAGAUGAUAUGCAGACCUUAUAUAUAAAUACUGCAUCGGAUAUUUUUGAGUUCAAAGCUCAUGUGGAAGGAGAUGGUGUAGUGGAAGGCGUUAUGCGUUAUCAUCCUUUCUUGUAUGAUAAAGAAACCUACCCUGACGAUCCUUGCUUUCCUUCAAGAUUAAAAGAUGAUGACGAUGAUGAUGAUUGCUAUGAGAUAGAAAAGGGAGCUAGAGGAAAAAGACCCAUUUUUGAAUGUUUUUGGAAUGGAAGAUUAAUACCAUAUACAACCGUGGAAGACUUUGAGUGGUGUGCUCUUCCCAAGAAGAGAGGACUUACUCCAGUUGAAUGUUACAACAGAAUUUCUGGUGCAUUGUUUACAAAUGACAAAUUUCAGGUCAGCACGAACAAGCUGACUUUCAUGGAUUUAGAGUUAAAGUUAAAAGACAAAAAUACACUUUUUACAAGAGUUGUCAAUGGACAGGAACAGAGAAUGAAAAUUGACAGAGAAUUUGCAUUAUGGCUCAAGGACUGCCAUGAAAAAUAUGACAAACAGAUAAAAUUUACUCUCUUCGAAGGAACAAUUACACGCACUGAUUUGGCCUCUAAAAGAAUGCAGAGACCUUGGGCUACCUAUUUGGCAAUAGAGUGGGAUGGAAAAACAUACAAAGCUGGGCAGCUGGUAAAGACAAUUAAAACGCUUCCAAUUCUCCAUGGAAGAAUAACAAAUUUUUUCCUAUAUGGAGAUCAUAAUGGAGAUGUGUAUGCUACUGGAGGAGAUGUUCAGAUCGCUUUAGAACCUCAGGAACUAUAUGCGGAAACAAAGAUAGUUCCAAUAUGCAAACUUGAUCGUUCAGUGUCCGACAAGGCAGUGAAAAAAUACAUUGAGGAGGAAAUGGCCAGACUUCCUGAUAGGUUGUCAGUAACAUGGCCUGAAGGAGACGAACUGUUACCAAAUGAAACCAAGCAUGCAGGAGCUACUAUAGGAGCACUAAGAAUAGAAAUACUGAAUAAAAAGGGAGAGGCUAUGCAAAAGCUUCCUGGUUCAAGUCAUGGAGGAUCGAAGAAAUUGCUUGUUGAACUUAAGAUUAAUUUGCAUUCACCUAGUGGAAAUAAGGAAAUCAUUUCUCAUAUCAGUCAGCAUGGGGGUAAAUGGCCUUACUGGUUUAAAAAAAUGGAAAAUAUGAAUAAACUUGGGACCUACACACUGAAAUUGCAAGUGGUAUUGAAUGAAAGCAAUGCUGAUACUUAUGCAGGACGAUCACUUCCAUCUAAAACAUUUAAAUUUAAUAUAAUAGAGGGCAAGGCUCACAAGUUUUCAAUAGGUCUUUUGGAUCCUCCAUUCCGGGUUGGGUGUCCAUUCAAUAUUCCUCUAGAUGUCCAGGAUGAAUUUGGUCAUGCUACUCAUCUGACAGAUGAUAUUGUACCAAUCCUUGAGGCUAGUGGUUUAACAUUACAGUAUGAAGAAACAGAUAGAGGACCGAAUUGUGCCAUUAAGGGCAUAACUGCUAAAGGUCUUGUGAACAAUUACCAGGGCAAGAACUUCUCUCUGAAAAUCACUCUUCCUGGUCUGAAAGAAGAAUCCCAGGUAUUGAAAAUUAAACUUCACCCAGGCCCACCCCGGAAGCUAAAUGUCAUGCCAGAUUCUGACAUCUUGAAAACUGAGAAUGGAAAAGCAUUCCCUUUUCAAGUUGAAGUGCUAGAUGAAGUAGGCAACAUAACAGCACAACAAAAACUAAUUGUUCUUUGCAAGUUUUCAGGAGCUUCAGACCUUCCUGUGUAUACGGUGGAUUGCAGCAAUGCUGGAUCAAAUAUCUUAACUGGACCAGUUCUGCAAGUUCAGAACAUAAAGAAAGAUCAGACACUUAAAGCAAGGAUUGAAAUACCUAGUUGUAAAGAUGUGCCACCUCUAGAGAAGACCAUUAAAUUGCUUCCCAGCAGCCGUGUUACAAAAUUACAGAUUUUAAGUAUUGAGGGAGAUAAGGCUAUUCAAAUAAAGCACCUUGAUGAAAUUAACUGGAUUGCAGGUGACGUGAUGCAGAAUCUUAUCUUCCAAAUAUAUGAUGAGGGGGAAAGAGAGAUCAUAAUAACUCCAGCUCUGGCUGAAAAAAUUAAGGUAAAUUGGACCCCAAAGAUUAAUAAAGAACAGCUGAUUAAUGGAUUGUUACCUGAUGUGAAAGUACCAACAUCUGUAAAUGAUGUACGCUAUUAUUUAGUUACAUUCCAUGAUGACCAUAUAUCUUUGGAAAGUGGAUUUACAGUCAGACCACUUGCUGAUGACCCAAAAAACAUUAAAUGCAGAAUAAAAGGAUCAAAUAUAUUACAUAUGGGUGAAACAUUACAAAGUGAAAUUGAGGUAAUGAUUACAGAUCAGCAUGAAAAUCAUAUUCAAAACUUGACAUCAUCGUGUCUGACUUCCUUGGGAAUUUCUGGGAAUGGUCUGGAUAAGUCAGAUUUGAGAACUGUUUGGCAGGAAGAUACACAAAGUAUUUCUGUCAGAGGUAUCAGGUUUAAACCAGGUCCUCCUGGAACCAAAGAACUGUGCUUUGCUUGGCGUGAAUUUUCUCAUUUCCUGAGAUUAAAUUUGAUUGCAGGACCUCCAGCUAAAUUGGUGCUUGUGGACUGGACAGAGUUAGAGGAAUGUGUGUCAGUGAUUAAUGGCAGAGAACUACAGAAACCUCUUAUAGUCCAGCUCUGCGAUCAGUGGAAUAACCCAUCUUUUGAACCUAACGUCAAAAUCAACCUUGUAAAGGCUAACGACUUAAAGAUUAUUCCUUCAAACCAGCUACAAAAAACAAAUGAAAAUGGUACCGCAGAUUUUGGAGUUGUUAGUAUUCAUGCUCCCAGAGGAGAGCAUAUGUUUCAGUUUAAAGCCUCAUACAACAAGAACACACUAAACAGUGCAGUAGUCACAUUAAAUGUUCUCCCUGACCCCGAGAAACCUACACGUUUGAAUGUCAAGUAUGACAAGAAUGCUACCUUUGCAGCUGGAGGCAUCUUUCCUGACUUCAUGAUUAGUGUUACUUCUGAAGAUGACAACAUUAUUAAAAAUAUAAAUCCAGGAAGAAUUUGUAUGAAAAUGUGGGAAGAGCACAGUAGUGGAACUCUAGCACAGAAUGUUACAACGUUUGGCUGUACCAAAACAAAAGAUGACAAGGAUGAGAGCUUUUUUUACUUCAGGGAAAAAAUUCCAGAGGAAGUGGGCACAUACAACAUCCAGUUUGCAUUUGCCAUUGACAGAAUAAAUAUUCUUAACAGUGAACAGAUUAAAAUUCCAGUGGCACCUAAUGAACCAGCACAGUUGAUGCCAAGAACUUUGCCAAAUACUCCUGCAGUUUCGAAUGUUGAGGCUGUUGGCAGUCGAACCCUUGUCAAGGACUUGACCCUCACCAUAAUGGAUGAAUACAAAAACUGUACUGGAAACGAUUUAAAUGGAAAAAUUAUAGCUAAAAUUAAAAGUUCAAUUGAGAAAGACACAGAAAUUCCGCUAUUUCAAGGUAACACAACUACAGUUGAGUUUCCUCUUCAUCAAGGAAUUGUUGAAAUUGAGGAUCUUGUGUUAGCAGAAAAUAGUCCAGGGAGAGAUAGUACUGAAUAUAUUCUUGUAUUUGAGCCAGUCAUACCAACUUUGAAAAGAGAUUUAGAACCUUACUCUCUGUCGUUUCUGUUUUACAAUGGUUAUAAGAAACAACAGGAGAUGGCAACACUUACAAAAAAGAGAGACAAACUAUCUCAUACAAUAAAAACGUACAGAAAUACGUUUGACGCCAAUCAACAGCUUCUCACAGAAAUAAAAUGUCAAGCUGAGGAAGCUCAAACAAAAGAGGCCCAACUGAAGAAUGAAUUGCACAGACUUGGGAUUGUCAUACCUCCGACUAAUGUUCUGCAAUAUGUUGAAACUCUAAUAAAACAAAAGAGGUCUGAGCAGGAAGGAAUAAUGAAACAACCUAGAAGAACAUGCGCGCUUAAAACUUGUCCCAAAGGUAGUCAAGAUGUUUUGGGCAAGAUUUCACACUUAGCACAGAUUGAAGAUAAUGAAGCAGCAAAGGUCAUCUCCUGGCAUUUGGCAAGUGAUAUGGACUGUGUAGUCACUCUGACAACUGCUGCUGCUCGCCGUAUCUUUGAUGAAACCCAAGGCCGGCAGCAGGUAUUGCCCCUUGAUUCUGUUUAUAAGAAGAAUCUUCCAGACUGGAACAGGCCUUUACCUCACAUACGAAAUGGAAAAAACUUUUUCAAGCCUAUUGGAAAUCCUUUAUUUGCCAGGAAUUUGCUAACAUUUCCAGAACACACAGAGAACUGCCAGACAGUGUUUGGGAUGCUCUUAGGGGAUACCAUUAUUAUUGACAAUUUGGAUGCUGCCAAUCAUUACAGAAAAGAGAUUGUGAAAAUCACACAUUGCCCAACUUUAUUGACAAGAGAAGGAGACAGAAUUCGCAGCAAUGGAAAGUUUGGAGGUCUUCAGAAUAAAGCCCCUCCCAUGGAUAAACUUCGAGGAAUGGUCUUUGGGGCACCUCUGCCACAACAUUACAAUAUUCUCUCUACACAGAUAGAUCUCCUUCACCAGUACCAUACUGCAGCUGUCAAACUUAAUAAAAUAAACACAGAACUUGAACAUCAAGAGCACUCAUUUAAUACUCCUGAAAUGCAAAAAAAGAAAGAAGAGCUUGCUGAGCAGGAGGCAAAUCUCAGGCUAAUAGAGCAACAAUUAGGUAUGAACUCAUCAGGUCGAUGCACCAAAUCAUCAUUUCACGCAGAAAGAUUUGAUUCACUUGAUACUCCAAAUCCUCCAAAAAGAAUUCGGAGAGAAAUAACCAAACGAUUAUAUAGUUCAGAAGAAUGGGUCUCAGCUUCACCUGCAAAGAAACAACAGCAAACAGCAACUGCUACAUCAGAAGUUAACGGAACAUCCCGAAAAAAGAAAACAUAAACCAACCACCUUUGUUAAAGCAACUUGUCUAAUGAAAUAUGUAUAAGUUGAAAAAAUGAAAUUAUUGUUGUUACUGUCAUUAAUGCUUUUAUACUGAUAGAAAAUUGUUCUUGUUAGUAACAACAGUUGGCUUAAUUUUGUAUAGAUCUUUAUAAUGUCUAUUAUCGUCAUUUAUUAGACUUCAACAUGAGGAAGUAUAAAUAUACUUUUUUAUUUAUGAAAAUUUUCAAAUUUUGCAAUAAAAUCAUUGCAAUACUGAAA